UUAACAGGAGUUUGUACACUUUCACUUGACCUUUUAUCAUCAUGCAGAGGUGUACAACUGAUGCAUCACAUGACCAUGUCCUACCUGCACAUUUUCCAGUAAACUGCAUCUUCAUCACAAUUACAAAAAACACAGGAUGUGUGUGGGCUCCAAACACUGAGUCACUGUCAUGAUACCAAGAGAGCCUGUGUUCAUGGUUUCGAACGUGAAUUUCCUGACUAACCUAGCAGGGUCAGACUCAGGUUUGAGCCAAAGGGGAAAGAGGUAGGAGGGGAAAAGACCCAGGCAAGACCAAACAUGAUUUAUGCUGGGGGCUGACUAUUUAAAUAAGAUCUGAAACAAGGGAUAGGCUAUCACUUUCAUUCAUUGCCACUGGAGGACAUCCAGAAGUUGAUAUACAAAGAUGUGCAUCCCUAUGGCCCUAUUGUUCAUCUUUGUAAUGGCAGCUCCUGAGUGCACAAGUCUUCCAACAAAGAGUGACUCUAUCAGAAAUAAUAUACACAACAUACUAAAUAUUGCUCAGAUAACUCUAGUCCAUAUAAAGAAACUAAAGAAUAAGGCACCCCCACAGAUAGAAGUCUCCACUCCACCCAUUAAUGGACUGACUGGUAUCAGCCUCUACCUUGAACAUUUAGAUAACGAACUCCAGAGCCCUUUCACAGAUCUCCUGAUUCAAAUUCAAGCUGACGUUUCCAGCCUGGACAGAAGGGUGCGCUCUCUCGCCUUAAUGAUGGACUGUCCCAUCCAGGACAAACCAAGUGUGGAGCCCAGGGAGCCUUUGUUCCCCGACAGUGAGCACUAUGUGACGCUAGCAAAGGUGCAGCACUACCUGGAGAACCUUCCUCCAAAUAAGGACAAACUGAAAGUCUGUUGACAAAAUGAACAUGUAUUACUUAAAUGUGUAAUGUUGCAAUGAUGUCAAUAUCAUCAGGGCUCUGUGUCUAAAAAAUGUUUUUUUCUUUGCAUAUUGAAAUACUAAUUUCAUAUUUUUCAAUUAAAUGUUUUUUUACGGAGGUGUUUGUUAAAUAUGAAAUACUUAAGUUAAAGAGAUUUUUAAAUAUUUGUAAAGACAAAGACUAUACUAA